AUGAAAUUUCUUGUUUCAUGGAGAAUCAGCAAUGUAGCCUUGAGGGAGAAACUGAGUGAUGUAGAAUCCCUUUCAGAAGAGCUUAUUGACAAGACUCUAUCUACAUUUCUACAACAAGUUGAGGAUGGAACUUGGACUACAGGUGGGUGGCCUCAAGUAUAUAGUGACUACUCAGUGUCCAAACUUGCAGUUAAUGCUUAUACAAGGCUUAUGGCAAGGAAGCUUUCUGAGAGACCAGAGGAUCAGAAGAUUUAUAUUAACUGCUAUUGUCCAGGUUGGGUGAAGACAGCUCUUACAGGUUAUGCAGGGAAUAAUACUGUUGAGGAAGGGGCUGAUACUGGAGUCUGGCUUGCCCUUCUCUCUGACCAAACAUUCAUAGGAAAGUUUUUUGCUGAGAGAAGGGAAAUUAACUUUUAA